ACACUUACACACACACCCCUCACUUGCUUCCGUUGACAUCAACACACUCUCUCUCUCUCUCUCUCUCUCUCUCAAACUCUUUCUCUUUGUUUCUUUCCAAUACAUACAUAGACACAUCCGGUGAUGCAAGGGCUACGGCGUUGCUCAGACGACCUCGUGAGGCUCGACCUGACAAGCCUAUCAUCACCAUCAUCAUCAGGAGGAGGAGGAGGAGGAGGACCCCAACCACCACCACCACCAUCAUCAUCUUCUUCUUCAUCAUCAUCUAUGCUAUCGAUCGACGUGGCGGAAUCAGCAGAGGCAAGGAUCAGGAGGCUGAUAUCGGAGCACCCAGUGAUUAUCUUUAGCCGAUCCUCAUGUUGCAUGUGCCACGUGAUGAAGAAGUUGCUAGCCACCAUCGGGGUCCACCCUACCGUUAUCGAAUUAGAUGACCAUGAGAUCGCAGCUCUACCCUCCGAUGACUCUGAUUCCGGCUCGCCACAACCUCGUAACCCAGCUGCCCCUUCUGUCUUCAUUGGUGGCACUUGCAUCGGUGGCCUUGAGUCACUCGUUGCUCUCCACCUCAGUGGCCAACUCGUCACUAAGCUCGUCCAAGUUGGUGCUCUCUGGGUAUGACACACCGCCCAUAUAUUACUUAUCUUAUUCCUAUUCCUAUUAUUAUUAGUAGUAAAAAUAAUAAUAAUAAUAAUAAUAAUCUUUCUAUCUAGUUGUAGCUAGACAACAACCUCGUGGUUCUUCAACUUCAACUUCGAUAGUUCAUAUUAGUUGUAGCCAAACAACAUAGCUACAAAAGUACAAUCUUUAUGCUUCUCUUGUACUGUCCAAUUCUCCAAAACCAAUAUGUAAUUUUGGUCCUAGUAGACCUCUUCCCUUGUUAUUGAUCCUUAUAAAUAUUAUUAUGUUAUUAUUA